UUAAGCCAGCAUUAUCAAUAGUCUAUACAGUGUUUAAUAUGCUCUUUUCUACAAUCUAGCAUUAAUUACUAAUUGGUAGAAUUUUUUAUUUUUUGGUUCAUUCUACUUAUGCAGUUUGCUUUGAACAUUGGGCUGCAAUUCCACACACCAGAGGAGUACUUUUUGGGCUGGAAGGUUGCCCCCUUUUGCCUUCCAGCAUUUGACCCUAGAGAAUGUACCUCCACUGGUAGGCUUUAUGACCCACCUUCAGCCUCCCUUACAUCCAGCAGACCAGAGGUCAUUGUUGCUGUGGGUUUCCCUGCUUGUAAAUCUACUUUCUUUCAAACCCACAUGAUUCCAAAGGGUUACUUACAAGUCAGUAGGGAUGAACUUGGUUCGUGGCAGAACUGUGUGUCAAAAUGCAGGGAAGCUCUGAGGAAAGGCCAGAGUGUAGUUAUCGACAACACUAAUCCUGACCCAGAGUCUCGCAAACGAUAUGUGGACGUGGCCAAUGCUGAAGGAGUGCCUUGUCGUUGCUUUAACUUUUCUCUCUCUCUGGAUCAAGCCAAACAUAACAACAGAUUUCGUGAAAUGGUGCCAUCAGAUGUUAAGCAUGCCAAGGUCAAUGACAUGGUUUUCCACAGCUACAAGUAAGUUUUUCUACUGUUGAUACUGGAGCCUUGACUCCUGGCACCCAUAAUCACUUCAUAUAGAUCAGCGUUUUCAAUAGGUGAGGCACGCUUCCUCUGGGGGGCGCCAAAGAGCCACAGGGGAGGCCUGUAUAAAGUUGGAUGCAAUAAGUGAAUAUUAUUUUUUGUUGCAAAUAAUCGUUAAGGAAUGCCCUUUUUAAAAAGUUGUGAAAAUAUCAUUGCCUCAUCAUUGUCAGGAGCACACAGACGAUGUAUUUACUGCAGAGGCGUGUAUGGGUUAGGGCAGGUGGACAAGAGGGGGAGGUUCUCACCCAAUUUGAAAACCCCUGAUAUAAACUGACUGGCCUAAGUCUGAGUGGUCUUGUAUAUGGAUAGACCUGUUAAAACUAACCUUAACUACAACACAGUCACGCCUAGAAAUGUUUUUGAGAAGA